AUGGAAAAGAAACAGGGUUUCUUCUCUGCACUCAAAGACGAAGUAGUUCGCGGCCUUUCACCUUCCCGUUCUCGUUCCCGGUCCACCAGUCCCGCCCGAACCGGUUCACCCAUGUCCGGUCUAUUCAACCGCAAGAAACAUCACGCGAACCAUAACCCGGACGCAAGAUCCGGGGGUUUAAGGCCGUUAGGCGAGACCCUAACGCCGUUAAUUGAAGGACCCGAUUCAGAAAACGGGGAUCUAAAGCGAAUCGGGUCGGGUCUCGGUAACUGGAUGAAGGAUCAACUCUCUCGUGCUCCGUCGGUUUCGUAUAAGAGGUCUGAUCUGAGACUCCUGCUCGGUGUAAUGGCUGCUCCAUUGGCUCCGUUUCAUGUUUGCUCCACUGACCCGCUUCCUCAUCUCAGCAUCAAGGAUACUCCAAUCGAAACAUCGUCUGCUCAGUACAUAUUGCAGCAGUACAUAGCGGCAUCUGGGGGGCAGAAAUUGCAGAGUUCGAUACGAAAUGCAUAUGCUAUGGGGAAGGUUAAAAUGGUAGCGUCUGAAUUUGAAACUGCGACUAGGGUGGUUAAGAAUCGGAAUGCUUCUAGGUGUGCGGAGUCUGGUGGAUUUGUGCUAUGGCAGAUGAAUCCUGAUAUGUGGUAUGUGGAGCUUUCGGUUGGGGGAAGCAAGGUUCAUGCUGGAUGCAAUGGGAAGCUUGUUUGGAGGCAUACUCCUUGGCUUGGUGCUCACACGGCAAAGGGACCUGUGAGGCCUUUGCGCCGUGCACUUCAGGGUCUUGAUCCUAGAACCACUGCCAGCAUGUUUGCUGAUGCUAGAUGCAUUGGAGAGAAGAAUAUCAAUGGAGAGGAUUGCUUCAUACUUAAGCUCUGUACUGAUCCUGAAACAUUGAAGGCUCGGAGCGAGGGUCCAGCUGAGAUUAUAAGACAUGUCUUAUUUGGCUACUUUAGCCAGAAAACUGGACUACUGGUUCACAUUGAGGAUUCUCAUCUGACCCGCAUCCAAUCUAAUGGAGGUGAUGCGGUUUAUUGGGAAACCACGAUCAAUUCAUUCCUUGAUGAUUACAGGCCUGUGGAGGGGAUCAUGAUUGCACACUCAGGGCAUUCUGUGGUGACUCUUUUCAGGUUUGGGGAGAUGGCCAUGAGCCAUACCAAAACGAAAAUGGAAGAAGCCUGGACAAUCGAAGAGGUUGCAUUCAAUGUUCCAGGUCUCUCGUUAGAUUGCUUCAUUCCCCCAGCCGAUUUGAAGACAGGUUCUGUCAGUGAAGCUUGUGAACUUCCUCAGGAUGAAAGAGGAAAGAACUCACUUGGAGGAGUACAUCGGACCAAAGUUGUUGCACUGGAGAAAUCACACGAGUGCAGCAUUGACAAGAUGAUGUGGAAGAUGGAAAUCUAA